UGGCCGGGGCCGGGGCCGCUGACACGGGCCUCGCUCCCGGCAGAGACCAAGGUCUACGUGGGGAACCUGGGCACGGGCGCGGGCAAGGGCGAGCUGGAGAGGGCCUUCAGCUACUAUGGGCCGCUGCGAACGGUGUGGAUCGCGAGGAACCCGCCGGGGUUUGCCUUCGUGGAGUUUGAAGACCCGAGGGAUGCGGAGGACGCGGUGCUCGGGCUCGAUGGCAAGGUGAUUUGUGGCUCCAGGGUCAGAGUGGAAGUGUCAACAGGGAUGCCUCGUCGCUCCCGCUAUGACAGGCCUCCGGCGCGGCGCCCCUUUGACCCUAAUGACAGAUGCUAUGAGUGUGGCGAGAAAGGCCACUAUGCUUACGAUUGUCAUCGCUAUAGUCGCCGGAGGAGGAGCAGGUCCCGGUCUCGAUCCCGUUCGAGGUCCCGAGGAAGGAGGUAUUCUCGGUCACGCAGUCGCAGUCGUGGUAGGAGAUCAAGAUCAGCUUCUUACCGCAGGUCCAGGUCAAUCUCUCCUCGUAGGUAUAGAUCAUUUUCACCCCGCAGAUCACGUUCUGGUUCCUUAAGGAGAUCAAGGUCUAGGUCCAGAUCACGCUCGAGAUCUCGGUCUGUUGUGUGGCCCAGAAGCAGGUCUGGGUCCCAUGGUAGAUCUAAAUCUGGCUUACCUGCUAAAAGUCGCUCAAAGUCCAGAUCACCAUCUCCAAAGAGAAGUCAUUCACCAUCAGGAAGCCCUUGAAGGAGUGCAUGUCCUGAGAGAAUGGAUUCAAAAGUUAAAGUUUAAGAAGAAAAUUUAUUUUGUUUACAUUAUUAUAAGGGAUUUUGUGGUGUCUUUAUAAAUGUAAGGGCUUAGUCCUAGAAGGCUAUUUCUAUCAACUAACAAUUGGCAUGACUCUGGAUCUUUUAAAAGUCUUAUUAGUAGACUAAUGCAAAACUCCUGUGUUAACGUUCUGUGAUCUGAAAAUGUUGGGCUUUUUUUAUUGGCGCAUUGAAAUAAACUGUAUUUCUAACUAAGAACUAUUUUGUGAUAGCCCUACUGUUUCUGUUAAUACUUUGGUAACUAAAGCAGACCAUAUGCCACUAAGUUGAGAAGCAGGAAUCCAAGUUUAACAGGCACUUGUGAAUUGGAGCGUACUGCAGCAGCCAUGCAUGGAUACCCUGCAGUUGUCCCCCUUGGAGGACUUGCACUUGUUCCUCCACAGCAUUGAUUAGGGCGAAGCAUAACCAGUGCUGGUUGUCCUUCUUGCUGUUCAUUCUUUAAUGUCACAGUGAUCUGUACCUUUUAUUUGCACCUCCUCGCAGCUCAGUGAAGCUUAAAUGCUGUGGGUUGUGGUGUGUGUGUGGUUUUUUUUCUUUUUUUUUUUUUUGAGGUGCUUGUACAAUUGAUGCUUUGAUUCCUAAAACUGUCUUUAGAGGGCAUUAACAAAUACAAAUGGUAAAAAAAUAUUAGGUAUGUGUGAAUUCUGGUCUUACUUCCCCAUUGAUUAAAGGACCCAUGAACUUAAA